CAGAAUGUUUGCGAUUUUAACAUAACUUUAGAGCAAUUAUUGUUUUUUUUUUAUUAUUCGAAUUUCACUUAAUUACACCGUUACAAAGAAGUGCAACGAAUGCUGCUUUAGCGCAAUUACUGCAAAUGAGUUGUUGAUAAACAAAUGUGUAGCGGGAAUUAUGUCAUUGGGUUACAACAACCGAAACUGACAUGCCUACUCAAGCAAUUGCAAACACAUGUGCCCUCAACUGUUGGAGUACAUACAUGCGUACGUGCAUAGGUGUGGUAUAGUGCACCUUAGCGUGGGCCCUUAAAUGAGUGAAAAACGUGAAAGAAAAUUUCUCAUAAUUUUUUGUGCAUUUUUUUUUGGUGUUGCUGUUGUUGUUGUUGUUGUUAUAGAAACUAUGAGGUCAGCUAGAAUCUGGCUACCACAGCAUUUCGCCUAAAGUGUUAAUAGUGCUAAAGUGUGCCCAUAUGUAUGUGCUCGUGCAUGUUUUUGUGCAUUCCGCUGCGCUUAGCGGAAAUAAGCGCUUCUGUGACAGCAUAAUCAGCAUGAUGGAACCUUUUAAACGACAGUAAUCGCUGAGGUACCGUUCGAUUGCAUCGCUUACAUUCGUUAAACAACAGUUUGUGACGGUAGUGAAUAAAAUUUAAAUUAACAGCUCCUUGGGCAGGACUUCCGGUGGAGUGUCAUUACAUGUGCGAGUGUGGGAAAAUGGACGACGUAUGUGAAUACGACGAAGAUGUGGAAACAUUGUGCGAAUAUGUUGAGUUAAGAAAAGUGUUACCUUUCGAUAUGAAAUAUUGGCGUUGUUCGGCUGGCAGCGGUAUUGGCGACAAUUAUAUGUCGAUUGUUAAACGUAUAGAAGUAAGCACGCAUGAAUUCGAUUGUGGCGUUUCUGAACGUACAGAUGCACAGUAUUUUAGUUUUAUAGUCAAAAGGCAAAUUUUAAGUCAAUCUCGUCGUUUACUAUUUCGCUGCGACGAAGCGUUUUGCAAUGAAAUAAAUGCCUAUACAUAUGUGAUACCAGUACUUGAAAAAUAUUUCAUCAAUGGAGAUACAGUAUUCCCACAAUGCUAUUACGCUGGCACUGAUAAGAAAGGCGAAUUGAUAGCGCUGGAGGAUUUGAAACUGCAGGGCUAUAACAUGCCAAAUCGUUUGGUGCCAUUCGAUCUGUAUCAGUGUGAAAUAGUGAUGAAGGAGCUCGCCAAAUUGCAUGCCACAUCUAUAGCUGCGAAACAUUUGGAUGAUAGUAAUUUUCGUGAACGUUAUUGCAAAGUAAACGAAAUAGUCUAUUGCGCCGAAGCGGAAAGUUUUUAUGGCAAUUUGCUAACAUCCUCAAUAGAGGAAUCCUUGAAAAGCUUACGCGAAUCAAAUGUAGAUGGCAGUCUCUCCGUUUCAAUUGGUAUGAUUGAGCAGUUGAAAGAGGAAUUGUAUCAGAAAAUUAUGCAUAGUAUUAAUAAUGCUAGUGACUGCGUCAGUGUGAUGUGCCAUGGUGAUUUGUAUGUGAAUAAUAUUAUGUUUAAGUCCAAUGUGGACGAUGAUGGCGUAAACCAAACAGACAGGAAGGCAGUGAAAUUCUUUGAUUUGCAGGCGAUGCGUUACACCUCAUUCAUAUUCGAUAUUUUACACUUUAUGUUUACUAGCACGAAACGUGAAUUACGUGAUGCACAUACGAAUCGUUUACUGGAAACUUACCGCUAUGCAUUACACACGCGCUUGGAGCAACUAUUAGUUUCCCAUGAGCAUAUGGCAUCCGUACGUCAGACUUUCUCAUUGGAAAAUAUUAUUAAAGAAUUUUCUGCGCAUGCGCUUUAUGGCUUAGCCGUUUCCAUGUGGGUAUUGCCGGCAGUAACAUUCGAUCCAAAUAAUAUACCAAAUUUAGAUGCUAUCAGUGAAGCGAUACCAAAAGCUAACAAAAUAAAAGUAACACAAAAGUUAACCGAAGAAUAUCAUACAAGAAUAAAAGAUCUUGCGUUGGAGUUUCAUCAAAACGGUUAUUUUGGUACCUGGCUAGAGAAAUAGAGUAAUUUAUGUACAUCCGUAAUACAAUAGAUAUAGUUAUUAGUUUAAUUUAGAUGCAAUUGUAACUUUAAGUAGGUCAAAAAUGUGAUUUUGAGACCAAAUUAAAUAAAAUGACGUUUAGAAAUAUUAUAAAUUUUUUGAAAUAAUUGAGGAAAUCGGAGAAAUUGCAAUUUUUUCGGAGUUCACAUCCGCUAUCAUCGAAUUUUUUGCGA